AUGCCAAAUGAUCGUUUAAUCUCCCAGCGUCUCCAAUAUAAUCCCAAUAUCCCGAGUUUCUUGCUUGCAUUGCAAGGAAAGGUCUCCGGAAAAGCUCCGGACGAGGAGGGAGAUGACUAUGGAGAUGAACCUGAAAUGGAACAACUCGAUGUAAAUCGCCCCGCAAUCCCUAGGAGACCUCGCGAACGGGCAAGCGAGGAUCGAAAUCGGGCCGAUGAGGACGACGGCGCCGAAACUGGCGACGAGAAACCUACUGUCGUUGUUCUCAAAGAAGGAAAGCAUCUCACAGAGCGCGAGGCCGAAAAUGAGCGACGGAAAGCGCAAGGAUUGCCACCACUUCCCGAACCAGAGAGUAAAAUUGAAGAUAAGAAAUUACCCGGGUCCCCAGAAGACACAAGACCACAUCAAGGAUCAUCUCUGAAAGCCGACUCGCUAUCCAUCUCCUCAUCCUCAAAGGUAACCAUAUCAACUGGCCAACAAAAUUUGGGUGUGCUUGGGGCGAAACGCAAGACUCCAGCAUCACGGGAUGAGAAACCCAGCAAAGACUCUGCGAAGACGAAGAAGAAAAAGAAGGAAUCUAAAAGUCUUAUCUCUUUUGGGAAUGAGUAG